AUGGCGCAAUUCGCUACGCUGCCAGCUGAGUUGCGUCAGAUGAUUUGGGAGUUUGCACUUCCAGCGCGAGUUGUUGAGAUUGGAGAACCGUGCGAUCCAGAUAUCAUACCAGAGGAAGACCUCAGAAAAGCAUGGAUCCUGAACAGAAAGCAUACAGCUAUUGCUCAUGUCUGUUGGGAAUCCCGCCAAAUUGCUUUGGCCAGAUCCAAGCCUCCCAAGGGUGUUACUAUUCCACCGGACUGCAUGACAGACAUUCGAUGGUGGUGGAAUUCUACCGACAUUGUUCACUUUAAUGCCCCCCCUGAGGUGAUCGAAGCCAGACAAAGAUGCAGGCUGGUAGAUAACCUGCUCGACUUGGAGAAAGUUCCUAUUCUGAGCAAAAAGGUCUCUAUCAGUGCGGACGUCGUUCACCCUUUCCUGCGGUUCCGUAAUAGGUCCGAUAUGCCAAAGUCCUUGAUAUGGGAAGUACUUUGCUCAAUGGAGACAUGCAUUAUCGCCCUACACACUGUCUGUAUUCGAGCCACCAACGAGCAAGCUCGGGAGCUGGGCCUCUUUGGCAACGGCGACGAGCCAGCACAGCUGAUCGACCCAUUUGAUAAGACAGCUAUCCAGCGAUUCAGACAGCUCUGGAACAACACAAAACAAGAGGUAUCUUCAGUCAAGUUCUUCGACACAGUCGAUACCGGAAGAUUCACCUUUCGAGUGGAAAGGUGGCUCGCGGAGAUGUCAGCGGAGUACAUCGAUUUCAAAUGGACCGAUCCACCGUUCCCAACUCCAGCAGGACCGCGGAAUAUAACUGCAUUACUUCGUCGGUACCCAGAUCAGAGACACAGCCCCGAUGCCAAACAAUAUCUUGUUGAAUUCCCCACUCUGGAGCUGAGAAUCAUGUUUCGACUCUGCCCGCCUGCAGUCAAUCAGGGUGGUAAAGGUCGCGGCGGUGGCGGCGCAGGCCGUACGCGCUCUCAAUGGCAAGAUAUCACCAGAGAGAACGAGAAGUUUGAACGUUACUACAAUGAGCCAGAGUUUCUUCCGGAGGAAGAAAAGGAGCUUUUCUGGGCUACCAUGCGCAAGGAUCUCCCCAACAGUUUCCGUUUCACCGGUUCUCGAGGACAUGCGCUGGCAGUUCAGCAGCGUCUUAAGGACCACCACAUUCCUGAAAUCACUUCUAUCAAGUACGAGAACGAAUUCGUCGAGCCCCCGCGCCCAGUUUCCUGGUACCCAGAUCAGCUCGCUUGGUCCAUGACCACUCCUAAGAAUGUCAUCCGUCGCUUUGCACCUUUUGCCUCGUUCCAGAAGUUCCUUGUCGCCGAGACCGACGUCGGAAACAUCAGCCGCCAAGAGGUUGUCAGCAUGAUUCCUCCUCUUCUCAUCGACGCUAGACCUGGAAUGACUGUGUUGGAUAUGUGCGCUGCGCCGGGCAGCAAGUCCGCGCAACUCAUGGAGCUGCUUCACGCAGGUGAAGAAGAUGCCAUUGCACAAGUCACUGAACAGAUCAAGAACGGCACUGCUGGACCCGAACCUCUCGGUCCUGAAGGACUGAACGACGACGGCCGAAGCACCGGCCUGCUGAUUGCCAACGAUGCAGACUACAAACGCGCACACAUGCUUAUUCACCAGAUGAAGCGCCUGAGCUCGCCCAACCUGAUCGUUACCAACCACGAUGCCACGAUGUUCCCCUCCAUCAAAUUGCCUCCUCUGCCCACUACCGAUGGCAGCAAACCCAAGAACAGAUACUUGAAGUUUGACCGCAUCUUGGCAGACGUUCCUUGCUCUGGCGAUGGUACUGCACGCAAGAAUGUCGGUGUCUGGAAGGACUGGACUCCUGGUAAUGCUUUGGGACUUUACAGCACCCAGUCUCGAAUCCUGGUUCGCGCCCUGCAAAUGUUGAAGGUCGGCGGACGGGUCGUCUACUCAACCUGCAGUCUGAACCCCGUGGAGAACGAGGCUGUCAUUGCCUCUGCAAUUGAACGCUGCGGUGGCGCUGCCAACGUUAAGAUCAUCGAUUGCAGCCAGGAGCUGCCCGGCCUCAAGAGAUCUGCUGGUCUGAAAACCUGGAAAGUGAUGGACCGAGAGGGCCGCAUGUGGAACAACUGGCAGGAGAUCGAGGAGCACCGAAACCAGGAGGGCAUCAAUGGUCUUGCCAGACUUGCAGAGGGCAUGUUCGCCCCGACAGGCGAGACUGCCAACCUGCCCCUUGACCGAUGCAUGCGUGUAUACCCUCACCAGCAAGACACUGGAGGUUUCUUCAUCACAGUUCUCGAGAAGACAUCCGAAAUCAAGGCUAAGCCGGAGAGCAGUAACGUUAUCCCCAAGGCUUCCGUCGCAGCUCUCGCCGCGGAGCUUGAUUCCAAGAAGAACGAGGUAGACGGAAAGCCUCUGGAGAAGCUCGAGUCAUUGGAUGAAUUGGUUACUCCCGAUGAAGCCGCUGAGAAGGAGCUUGCAAAGAAUGCUACUGUUGCCGAGUCCUCCCACCAGCUUCCGUACUCUGCUACUCUUGAUGCAUCAAUUCCUGUCUCUCUCCCGAAGCGGGAUGCAGAUGACCUUGAAGAGGCAGUUCCUGCUAAGAGGACUAAACUCGACGAUGGUAGCGAAGUGCUUGUCGGUGACCGUCCCGUCCACGUUCCAGCGCCUGCAGUGGGAACUGGCAUUGACACGACUGGCAACAGCACACCUGCUGCACCCGCGGCUACUACGCAAUCUUUCAAGAAGAAGGGCCCUCGUCAAGAGGAGCCGUUCAAGUACCUUGAUCCCAACCACGAGGAGCUUCUUCCCAUCUAUGAAUUCUACAAGUUGUCGGAUCGAUUCCCCCGUGACCGCUUCAUGGUCCGUAAUGCCGAAGGUCUCCCAACCCGCACAAUUUACUACACCAGUGCCCUGGGCCGUGACAUUCUCACCUGCAAUGAAGGCCAGGGCAUGAAGUUCGUCCAUUGUGGCGUAAAGAUGUUCGUUAAGCAGGAUGCACAGCGUGAGAACGUCUGCAGAUGGCGUGUUCAGACUGAUGGCCUGAAAAUCAUCGAGCCUUGGCUGGGCCCUGAACGGUCCGUCGUCCUGACCAAGAGGGAGACUAUGCGUCGUCUUCUUGUGGAAAUGUUCCCCAAGAUCAAUGACGAUGAGGAUGGCUGGAAGUCCCUAGGCGAGAUUGGCGAGCAAGUCAAGGAUAUCCCCAUGGGGUGCAGUAUUCUUCGCGUUCAAGCGACCGGCAAAGAAGAUGGUCUUCCUGAGGCCAUGGUUCUGCCCUUGUGGCGAUCUCUCCAUUCUCUGAACCUUAUGCUUCCCAAGGAAGAGCGUCGUGCCAUGUUGCUGCGUAUUUUCAACGACUCCACCCCUCUGGUCAACACCACACAGAAGAAAGGUGGUAAGACUGAGUCGACCGCUGAGGCUGAGGAGGUUGCACUGAUGGAGGAGAACGCCGAGGUUGGACAGGAAGCCCAGGACGAUGUGGAUGAGCGUGAGACAUACACCAAGGAUGGAGAUGAGGAGGAUCGCUUCAACACUACUGUUUAA